GUAUGCUUGAAUGAGAAAGAAAAGGGGAUUGAUUCUACGGGUUUCACAGAGCUGAUGGCGUCACAAGCGCUAAACGCGUGCGGGGGGUGGGGAGGUGGUUGGUUCUCAGAAAGCUAGUUCAGGGAAGUCAGACGAACCGAACAAGCCAAACCCUGCAGUGUUCCGCUUCUUGUUCAGUUUCAGGGCACGAGCUUGAACAGAAGCGCCGCUCGAGACCCGUCUCCGCUCUGUCAAACCUGUACUUUACAAAACAAAUUUUUACGUCCCGCUGACAUACGCGUGACAUUAUUUUACAUCUUGCCUACGACUGAGAAUGUCACUGAGCUGAGAAGUUAAGAUUAUUGGUUUAAAAUCUUAGGGAGAAAGAAACAUUUAGGAGAGCUGUUAAACCGGAUAUUUUAACAAUGAUUCUGUGCGUCCAAGGCCCAAGGACUCGUUUGCCCGAUAGCUUCUUUGCUGAGGUGCCCUUCUCAUCUUCCCGGUGCAUUCACGCUCCUGCACGGUGGGAACCUAAAAAGGAUUUGAUAUCCAUCUACACCAAUUUCUCCUAUUUGGAAGCCUCAGGUUGGUACUGGGGUGCCAUUUCUGCUAACGAGGCCCACGCCGUCCUACAGGGGGCAUCUGAGGGGACUUUUCUGGUGCGGGACAGCAGUCACCCCCUCUAUAUGUUGACACUGUCUGUUAAAACUGGCCGCGGACCCACCAACGUUCGCAUCGAGUACACCCUCGGACGUUUCUGUCUGGACUCCAGUUCACCCAUCAAAUCUCGCCUGCAGUCUUUUCCUGAUAUACCCAGCCUUGUACAGCACUACGUGGGCUCCAAGAGCGAAAAGCAGGAGGAAAAACCUGAAGAGAUCAACAAUCCCGCACCUUCAUCAACACCCAAGGAAUGUGCCGUGCUGUUGAAACUCAAAAGACCAAUCCACUGUCCUCAAGCGUUUCCUUCUUUGCAACAUCUUACACGAUUGGUUAUUAACAAACACACAACGUGCACAAAGAGCUUGCCUUUACCGAAACCCUUACUUCAGUAUAUACAGGAUUACCCUUUCCAGCUCUGAUAUUGGCAUGGAAAUGCACAUCACAGCCAACCAUAUGACAUUGAUGCUGAUGUUUCAUAGGUGGCAAACCGGGAGAAUUCGAAGCCCCAAGUGACAGAGCUUCGGAACCGAACGCAGUGUUAUGCAGUAUGGCACCUUUGACUGUUUUACUACAGAAGCAGACAUUUGAUGGUCAGUGGGUCUAUCUAGAUAGAUAGAUACUUUAUACACAAAGGGGAUUGAGUCAAGCCAUGUCCAAAUAUUGACACGAGUCAUAAAUAGACCAUGAUGACAUACUGCGAAUAGUUGAGCCGCAGGCUUUGGGGGGUUUCAUGAUGAAUUUAACGUUCAUGAAACUUUGUGUGGGUCACGCGACCCCUUCCAGAGACCGUUCGAAAUGAGAUCAGCUUGUCUAAACAGUGAGCUCACGAGAGGCACAUAGCUGCCUUGACUUGAACUGUUUUCUUGAAAUGCAGUGAAAUGGUUUUAUUUUUUUGGACUAUUUUAAUCAGUUAAGAUUGACAUAUUUUUCUAUUUCCACAAUGUGGAGUUUAUAUGUUAUUUAUGGAUAAAAAUCCUUUCGUUUUUUAUAAUAAAACUAUAAAA